AGGCGAAAACGUUUGUUGCGGCCACAGCUGAAACAAGCAAUUUAAUAUUGUUCAAUGACAUUAUGGAUUCAUAUCUCGAGUCAAUGCAAACGGCUCUUCGUGACAUUGACCCAUACUUUAGUGCAACGGAAUUAUUAGAAACACACGAAACGGCCAAAAAUGAAUCAAUAUCACAGUUUUUGCGUAAACGUAAACUUGGUAGCGAUGACCUCAUAUCAUCUUUCGUACGUCGCAUUGAAAAUACUACAGAAGAACGAUUUUUGGAUUUCCAGCUGGAAAACAACGAGAAACGAAAAGCAUUCAUUGACAAAGCCAAUUUGCAUAAUGGAAAAUUGGUCAUUGAAAUUCGAACGGAUUCUGAAAAGGAAAUACUCAACGAAAUUGAACGAAUGGAAUCAAUUUCCGCUGAGAAUUUAAAGCAACUAUUAGAAAAAACACAGGAAAAUGCUUUAAGUGAUUUUGAUGCAAAGAAGUUGGGCGACAGUGAUAUCACAAGUAGUUUCUUUGAAAAGAUGCAGCACGAUUUUGAUGAUUUCAAAGCUUCAAUAGAGACAAUGUUCACGUCAUACAAGGACUCAGUGAAUUUUUAUUCUAAUCCAAUGCAAAACAUGCUCAACAAAAGUCAAUCAUACGCAACACAUAGUUUUCUCGCUGAAAUGCAUCAAAAUUCGAAAAACGAGGCUAUUAAACAGUUUCAGCUACGAUCGCACGGUAUCCCUGCUGAAUUGAUGUCAACUUUUGAACAUAAAAUCGUAAAUGUGAUUGAAAGAAACUACUCCUCAUUUUUCCAAGAGAACGAAGUAAAACGUAAUAAUUUCAUUUCAAGGGCCAGGAUCCACAACGCAGAUUUAGUCGAAGAAAUCGAAAGCGGCCACUGGUCAUCUGCAUACGCACAAGUCGAUAACGCGAAAUCAUAUUUAAGUGACUCUGACGUAUGGAACAUUUUUCUUAAAACACAAAAAGCUGCCCUAGAAGAGUAUGAUUCAAAAAAGAUGGGCGAUAGUAAUAUUUCAUCUGCCUAUCGCGCGCAACUCGAGGAAAAGAUGUCCAAACUCAAACCCUAUUUGGAGGCAGUCAAUGCGGACAAAAGAUCCAAAUAUAAAGCGAAAAAGGCCAUUAAAACAGGUGCUGGUGCAGCGGGUGGGGCAGCAGCUGGUGCUGUGAUCGCAGGCCCUGCAGGUGCUUUUAUUGGCGGAAUUGUCGGAGGAGCGGCUGGAUACUUUAUAUAAAAUUUCUAUAAUUCAAGAUCAUCACAAUCUCUUCAAUUUUAAAAUUCUAGUAGAUAAUAAUGCUUUGUAAAAAAAUGUCUCAAAUAAAUUCAAUGAAAGUAUGAA